AUGAAUUCUUGCAGUCAUUCUACUAAUGACUCAGAUUCAAUUCCAGUAAAUGAAGAAUCGGGUUUAGAUGAGUCAGCAUCUCCAGAAUGUUUUGAAUUUGGGGAAUUUCAUGAAAAUCUUUCAAAAAUUUCACCAGAAAUAUGUCAAAAUUUCAAAAAACCCGAUAUUGAUUAUGAUGAUUGGUCUUCUAUUAUGUCUAAAGUACCUGAAAUUGUGGAUGCUAUAUUAGGAGUCGAGCCAUCAUUAUCAGAUUCUUCUUCAGAGAAAGAUGUGUCUUUAGAAAAAGACCAAUCUACUUCAUAUGAGGGCCCAGUAUUUUUUUCAAAAUCAGGUUCUACGUUAUGGGAAAGAUAUUCUGCAUCCCAGGACCUCCGCCCUUUAUCUUGGGAAACGUCAUAUACUCGCCAAAUGUUUUUUAUGUCUCUUGAAAUUCCUAUGAAUCUUGAUAAAACUAUUUCUUCUAGUAAAAAAGGAAAAAAAGAACCUAUCUUAUCAAUAAAAACAACGCCAAAUUUAUUGAAUGAUACAACAUUAAAAAACAAUUCUGCAACAGAAAAUGAUCCAACACAUUUCGAUCUUGACACACAAAUGAUCCGAAUUCUUUAUUUAAAAACAGAUGGUACAUCUAUAUAUCCACUUGAAUUUUCUAAUUUUUACAAAGAAGCCUUAUCUAAUCUUUCUUUACCUUUAUUAAAAUCACAUUUACUCGAGUUAGAAAUCAUCCAAGAAAAAUCCGAAAAAUAUCUAGCAUAUUGGACUACACAAAAAGAAGCUAUAAAAAAUGAUAAACAUAUGUUUGAGGAGGUUAUUGAGAGUCUAGUACAACAUACAAAACGGCAACGUAUUGAACAUAUAAAAAAAAUAUAUACUGAAAAAAAAAAAUAA